AUGACAGCGCGAACAACACCGCCAAUACCGAGUCUGGUGAUAUCAGGAGAGGAGAGUGGGAGUGGGAGUGGUGGCGGCAGUGGGAGCGCACACCAGACGCAAGCACAAUCACAAUCACAACCACCGCCGCAGAGGAGAAGGAGGGGGAGAUCGUCAUCGCUUGUUAGUUUACAGGAAGUACCAGCAGAUGCACAGGAGACGCUAGAUCAAGGAGCACUGAACAACUACAACGCUGACUGGGUAAAUUUCAAAGGCGCGUGGCUGAUGCAUGUAGUGCUCGUGACGCUUGGGAAGCUGUUAAUAGACGCUUUACCUGGAAUGACACAGGAAAUCAGCUGGACACUGGUUAACUGCGGUUAUAUGGCAGUCACGUUCCUCAUGUUCCAUCACGUCAAGGGAGUUCCUUUUGAGAGCAACAAUGGCGCAUGGGAUGAGCUUACAUUCUGGGAACAGAUUGAUGGCGGUGCUCAGUAUACGCCUGCUCGCAAGUGGCUUACCUGUGUGCCAAUUGGAUUGUUCUUGAUUUCAACUCACUAUACCAAAUUUCAGAGCUGGUUAUUUGCAUUCAACUUUGUGGCUUUGUUGGUAACGCUCACGCCUAAGCUGCCGUUACUACACAGACAAAGAGUAAAAUUCAUGGAGGUGGAGGAUGAAUCUGGUGGUAAUACACCCGUUACUACGUCUAACAAGCGACAGAAUGAAAUGCCAGCGAUCAAUUUAAGUUUGGAUUAA